CGAUCAGGUGACCGACCCGUUAUCCGAGUGGAUUUUGCGCUUUGCUGCAGUUUUGCGCGUCGAAACUAGAGUUGCUUAGCAGCUGCCUUCAAUUUUCGAAGUGGCUCUUCGAUUCCAGAGGUGAUUUUGGGGAUGGUAGCUGUGUUAGCAGCGAUUUUGACAAAUUUUAUCUGUUCUAAAUGAUGGUUUCUCGUUAGAUUUUCGAUCAUUUUGGCUUGCCGGAUGGAAUGCAAAAUUUGGCCCGGAUGCUGGCGUUAACACCGUGUUCAUCGUCAGAUUCGUGUAAAUGGAUGUCCAAGGAGAGUGCAUUGGUGCUGCUUUCUGAUGCGAAGCCCUGUAGUGAUCGCAUAAGGCCGUACGCAUAUAUCGGACUUCUGAAGUCGGAGCUGUCAUCAAACUGCACAGCUGCCCCUGCGUUGCCCUCCCAGGACUACCCUCCUGGAAUAGCACUUGUACCGAUGAAGAGCAAGACAUUACAACCUUUCUGGACAACUAAUCUUCUUGUGGUACAAGCAACCAAUGUUGCUGGUGGAUUGAAACGUUCUGAUUUUGUUGCUUCUGGGGAUGCUCUACUAAUAGAUCCUGGAUGCUGCUCUCAGGUUCAUGCAGAGUAGAAUCAGCAAGGACUUCAAAAGGAUAACACUUGGCCCAAAACAAUUAUGGAACAUCUUGCGAGAAAUUUACCUUUUCAAAAUGUGCCAAUUGUUUUUUUAAGAUAAUAAUGUGUGCGCAGCUGUAAGGAUUCAACAUACAGUGUUUAUUUAGAUAUUUAUAUUUCAGAAUGCUAUUUUUAGUAGAAGCUAUCCAUUCUUCUAUUUGAUUGAAUAGCUGCAUCCUUAUCAUGUUCA